UGUAUGGUGUUAGGAGUUUAUCACCAAGGGGUCGUAACUCCGACGUGUUUCUUUGCGAUUUUCCGCUUUUUUGCUCCGGUUCUUCUCAUAUGUUUCUACGUUUUUUCACAUGGUUAUAUAUUUCUGAAGCCAGGAAACAUGGUGAUUCAGUGUGAAUACUGUAUGGUGACUGUUCCUUCAGAGGAGGCCAUGAAGGACCAUGUGAAGGGGAAGCGCCACAUCCGUGUGAUCGAGGCCUGCAAGCUGCGGCAGAAACAAGCCAGCCUCACUGUCUUUACAAAGGGCUUCAGCGAUGACACCACUGAAGACGAACUCAGAACAUAUUUCUCCAAGUUUGGCAAAGUGGAGAAAAUUUUCAUGGAGUACAAGAGGGGCCUGUUUGCCAUGGUUGAAUAUGCUGAGGAAGAGUCUGUCACAGCUGCCAUUGCUCACACUGAACAUGAACUGAAGGGGGACAAGAUCGUGGUGAACCCCCGCAAGGUGAACCAGACCCCCCGCUGGGUGCUGAAGGAGAGGAAGAUGAAGGCCAGACAGAAUGCCAGGGUCAAGGCUGCCAAGGAGAACAAGAAGGCCAUUGCUGUCAACAAGGAGGAGCUGUUGCUGAAACUCAAAAGUGCUGAAUCAAUUGUGGACCAGAUGCGGGUGCUGGCGGACUUUGUCCGUAUGACGGAUGAGGAGAUCACACAGAAGCAGGGCAUCUGUGACAUACUCAGUGCAGCGCUCACAAAGUUCUUUCCAGCCUGCUCUGUGCAUCAGUUUGGCUCCUCUGUGAAUGGGUUCGGAGUGAAGGGUUGCGAUGUUGACAUAUACCUGGACUUCCAUGAUGACCAAGAAGAGGCCCUCAAUCUCCCAGAUUCCCAGGCCCCUGUGAAGCUGCCGUACCACCGAGACAUCCAGUCCCUGAAGAGGACCGAGGGCCCUCUGACCUCCGCUGACCUCCAGCUGAUGACAGCGUAUGACAAGGUGAAGCUGGUGUCCCGCAUCCUGGUGGAGCAUGCCCCCGGCUGCAACAACAUCAUCGUCAUCCCCAGCGCCAGGUGUCCCCUCAUCAAGUUCACUCACGAACCUUCGGGCAUCAAGUGUGACCUCUCCAUCAACAACAAACUGGCGUUGCGUAACACUCGGCUGCUGCAGCUGUGUAGCCGGAUCGACGAGCGUGUGGGGCUGCUGGUCUAUACUGUCCGCUACUGGGCCAAGGUCAAGGAGAUUGCUGGAAACAUCAACUCAGGCCCUCGUCUGUCCAACUACGCUCUCACAUUCCUCGUGGUUCAAUACCUCCAGAAUCUCGCCACUCCCAUAUUACCAACAACCAGUAGACUGGCGGAACUGGCAGGCAAGGAGAAGGUGGUCAUUGAUGGCUGGGACUGUUCCUAUCUGGAUGAGCCGGAAACAUUCACAUCAUCGGCUAACACGUGGUCCGGAGAGGAUCUGUUGAGGGGCUUCUUUGAGUACUACUCCAACUUGGACUUCAGCACGGUCGUGUUACAAACCCGCACUGGUCACAUCCUCCCAGUACAGCAGAUGCUGGAACAGCCCAACACCGAGUCACAGACAUUCAAGAUUGGGCCAAUCAGCAUCCAGGACCCAUUUGUCCUGGACCACAACAUUGGUGGAAACGUAACUGAAAAGAUCAAGCAGAAGAUUUCGGAGGAGUUCCAGAUCGCAGCCAAGAAAUGUGAGCAGUGGUCCAACGUGGUGGCCGAGGUACAGUUGGGGCUGGUGGACCUGCUCGGUGUGGACGUACCAGCGGAACUAGAGGAGGAGCUGACGAGGCUGCGAGACCUGGAUGAGGAGAAGGAGGAUGACCACAGCUUCACCGUCAUCUUGAAGGUGGCGCAGCUACCAGCUGAAGCCUUCAAGAAUCCCCAGACACCUGACUUCCGACUGAACUGGUGUUUUAAGGUGUGCCUAUUCAUACAGCGAGUCCUCGAGACCAUUCUCAUGUUUGAGACUGAAAUUCUCGCCCAGACAAUAUCGGGAGACGUGCCCACGGAAAAAAUGGAGGUUGAUCCAGAGUCGAAAAUGGAUAAUUCUCAAGCAAAACCAACUGUAAAAAAUACUAGUCCUAAAAAUUCAUCGGAGCAGAAAUCAGGAACUCCCAGUAAAGGAGCUGCAGGGAUGAAGGAGCCCAUGGUUGCCCCAGGAGUGAAGUUGGAACCAGGCAUGGCUCCCCUCGGAUCUCCCCAGUCCCCAAGCCUCCACAUGGAGCUGAUGUGUAGCUCCUGCUGCCGGACCUGGAGCGGGCGGAAGACGCUGAGACGCGAGGUGAUGGAAGGUGAGCUGGACGGGUUGGAGCUCGAGCGGGAGAUCUCCGAGAAGAUCAUAGAGAGCGAUGGAUUCUCACCGAAAUAUGUAGUGCAGUUCCGUUGUGACAUUGACACUGUUGUUAAGACAUCCAAAACAGCGGUCAUCCUAAAACUCGAGCCCACCGACGAGGGCAAGGAGUUCUCCUGUUUCUACCCUUUCUUCAAGACAUUGAUUCGAAGGUUGGUGGAUAAAAAUCUGUAUGAAACUUGGUAGGGGAAGGUUUCAAGUUUGGAAACAAGUUGCUUCUCAGAAGAACUCUGAACAUAGCUGUUCGUUUCAUUAUUUCACGUUGAUCAUGUUGAUGAUGAUUGAAGGCUCAUUAUUGAUGUAGGAAAACAUCCCUUUAUAUAAAAUAUGCUGAAGUUUUCAUUUCGGUCAUUAUUUUCAUAAACAUAUCUCAUUUAAGACCUAUUUUCUUAUUUUGACAUUUAUUGAAAGGUUGAGAUUAUGGAGCCAUUGUGAGUUGCAUGAGGCUCACGUGGCCUCAUCUUCCCAAGGCAAGCACGUCCACUAGCCUUUUAUCAAAAUUUAGUUUUCACCCUUGCCACAUCAAGCCCACUUUCCUGUGCUAAAUAUCAUUGGAAUAUCGCACAUAUUGGUAGUCCAAUCAGAGAAUGUUUCACAUCACCAUCCAUGACUGGUUCACCUUCGUAUGAAAGUGAUUUACCGCUGCCUGUCUUUGUUGACACGUCUUCUUCAUCUUUUAAACCAAUGUUUUUGUGUUGGGGAUGCAAUCGCGAAUGUUUUUAUCAUAUGAUCGGCUAGGUCGUCGCCUAUGGUAGUCGCCAUCUUUGUACAGCUAUAUGAGAUAGGAACAUCGUUCUGAUUGGAAAACUCUUUUUCAUUACAAGGGGCACAAUUCGUAAUCUACGCGAGGUGGCGCCAGGGUCGAGCUAAGAAAAGUGAUCUCGAUGUGGCAAGGGUAGAAACUAGGCUUUGAUAUAGGCUAGUGAACACACUUGCCUCGGGGAGGUCUUUGUUGUAGUUGUGACUGAAGUGGUUAUGCAAGUUGUUCUCCCAGACAUGUCGUAGAUAUGAUUAUUAGAAUAUCUUAUACCUGAUUUUGAUUCUAUGAUCUGUAUGUUUUUUUAGGCUGAAAAAUAUGAAGGCUUGUUGAUUCAUUAAUUUGAAACUGAUUUUAUGAGGAUCUUUUCGAUGUGCAUUUGCAUAUGUAUCUUAAGAGAAAGAAGAAUUAUUUUCAGAAUGUGGAGGGCACUUCUGUUACUGAUUUGGAAUGGUUUUGAAUAAGUUUACUAAUGUUCUGAUACAGAUGAUAUAUAUGAAUUGUCCUCCACAUGCAGCUGUUGUGUCACUUGCAGAUGAUCAUAUGUAAUUCUCAGAGCUCUGAUCGCAGCUGAUCAUAUGUAAUGCUCAGAGCUCUGAUCACAGCUGAUCAUAUGUAAUUCUCUGAGCUCUGAUCACAGCUGAUCGUAUGUAAUUCUCAGAGGUCUGAUCACAGCUGAUCGUAUGUAAUUCUCAGAGCUCUGAUUGUAGCUGAUCAUAUGUAAUUCCCAGACCUCUGAUCACAGCUGAUCAUAUGUAAUUCCCAGACCUCUGAUCACAGCUGAUCGUAUGUAAUUCUCAGAGGUCUGAUCGCAGCUGAUCAUAUGUAAUUCUCUGAGCUCUGAUCACAGCUGAUCGUAUGUAAUUCUCAGAGGUCUGAUCGCAGCUGAUCAUAUGUAAUUCUCUGAGCUCUGAUCACAGCUGAUCGUAUGUAAUUCUCAGAGGUCUGAUCGCAGCUGAUCAUAUGUAAUGCUCAGAGAUCUGAUCGCAGCUGAUCAUACGUAAUUCCCAGACCUCUGAUCACAGCUGAUCAUAUGUAAUGCUCAGAGCUCUGAUCGCAGCUGAUCAUAUGUAAUUCCCAGACCUCUGUUCACAGCUGAUCAGAUGUAAUGCUCAGAGCUCUGAUCGCAGUUGAUCGUAUGUAAUUUCAGAGCUCUGAUUGCAGCUGAUCGUAUGUAAUUCUCAGAGCUCUGAUCGCAGCUGAUCAUGUUCAAUGCUCAGAGCUCUGAACAAUAUUAUCUGUGGAGGUCCGUUUCCGAAGGGAUAUUUAGAUAUGUAUUUUAAUGUUUAAUGAUCAAUGUAAAACAUUUAAAGGAUGAAAUGUGUGCCUGUAAUAUUUCUGUGACCCCUUGCAGAUGUUUGUUCUACCCUUAGGCAUGAGGCAAAGGGUAUUUUUUUGUUUCAAAGACAUCUUACUAAGGCAUAGCAAUUAACACAAGGCCUAAACUAAGUUGCAGAAAUCCACCUGUGGAGAUUCCAGAUCAGAAUAGGCCCAGUACCCCAUGCUUGUCUCUUAAUGGAGUUUCCAGAUCAGAAUAGGCCCAGUACCCAUGCUUGUCUCCUUAUGGAGAUUCCAGAUCAGAAUAGGCCCAGUACCCCAUGCUUGUCUCCUUAUGGAGAUCCUAGAUCAGAAUAGGCCCAUGACCCCAUGCUUGUCUCCUUAUAGGGGUUUCCAGAUCAGAAUAGGCCCAGUACACCCUGCUUGUCUCCUUAUGGAGAUCCUAGAUCAGAAUAGGCCCAUGACCCCAUGCUUGUCUCCUUAUGGAGAUUCCAGAUCAGAAUAGGCUCAGUACCUCAUGCUUGUCUCCUUAUGGAGAUUCCAGAUCAGAAUAGGCCCAGUACCCCAUGCUUGUCUCCUUAUGGAGAUCCAAGAUCAGAAUAGGCCCAGUACCCCAUGCUUGUCUCCUUUUAAUGAUUCCAGAUCGAAAUAGGCCCCAGUACCCCAUGCUUGUCUCCUUAUGGAGAUCCUAGAUCAGAAUAGGCCCAUGACCCCAUGCUUGUCUCCUCAUGGAGAUUCCAGAUCAGAAUAGGCCCAGUACACCCUGCUUGUCUCCUUAUGGAGAUUCCAGGUCAGAAUAGGCCCAGUACCCCAUGCUUGUCUCCUUAUGGAGAUUCCAGGUCAGAAUAGGCCCAGUACCCCAUGCUUGUCUCCUUUUAAUGAUUCCAGAUCAGAAUAGGCCCAGUCCCCCAUGCUUGUCUCCUUAUGGAGAUCCAAGAUCAGAAUAG